GCCCGCAGCGGUGCGGCGCCGCAGAGCCGGAGCCGGAGCCCCGCAGAGCUCGGCGGCCUUACCCGGCCCCAGCGAGCUGCAGCGCGCCCGGAGCCUGCCCGCGGGGGAGCCCGGACGCCUAGCAGCUCCAAGAACCAGAAAAAAGAGCUUUCAGGAUGCCAGAGCCAGCGAAGUCCACUUCUGCCCCCAAAAAGGGCUCCAAGAAAGCCGUGACAAAGACCCAAAAGAAGGGUGAUAAGAAGCGACACAAGAGCAGAAAAGAGAGCUACUCCAUCUAUGUCUACAAGGUGCUGAAGCAGGUCCAUCCCGACACCGGCAUCUCCUCCAAGGCCAUGGGCAUCAUGAACUCCUUUGUCAACGACAUCUUUGAGCGCAUUGCGGGUGAGGCCUCGCGCCUGGCGCACUACAACAAGCGCUCCACCAUCACUUCACGGGAGAUCCAAACGGCCGUGCGCCUGCUGCUGCCCGGCGAGCUGGCCAAGCACGCCGUCUCCGAGGGCACCAAGGCUGUCACCAAGUACACCAGCUCCAAGUAGCCUAGCACUUCUUCUCCAGUGGGCCCACUGAGCGCAGGCACGGGUAGGCAGCUAUGGUUUGGAUGAACCUCACAGCUAUUCUCCAUGGCAAUGGACAGACUUGAUAUGGGCAUUAGAAGCUGGCUAGUGGAAGAGGAGGCAGCAAGAUGGAUGCUGGCUUAUUUUCAUUAUGAGUUCAGGACGUGCUACAGGUUCCGCACGCUGCACCUCAGGCGAUGCUGGGGGAGGAGGCCUCUGCUUUCACAUCUCAUCUGAAGGACUGGCUGCAGCAUAUCCAAAUUCUCCUCUGUGCUUGAUAAACAUGCAUGUGUGGUGCUGGCCAUGGUGGCUGGCUGCUCCAGAGAUAUUGCCUCUGAUGUCUUCCUGGCUGCUUUCUUACAGUCAUCCAAGAUGGGCACCAAGAAGACUGCACUGUACCCACUCUGUGAUAGCCCAGAUCCAUCCUGUUGUACAGCAAAACAGCCUACCCGUGCAGGUCAAGCUGACAUCAAUGGCCACAGCAACCACCAGGCACAGACCGCAGAGUAAAAUCCAUACUGAUCCAGCAGAGAUCCUCCUUGGCAACGGUGUGCAAGCCCUCUGUUAAGGAUGCUGUGAUAAUACCAUGUGCUGCCCCUCCUCGUUGCUCCUGAUGGAGGAGGACCGAGCAGGCUGGUGGCACAGGCAUGUGUGGCCUUACCCACCAGGAUGCCAGAGCCACCAGCUGCCCUCCAGCUUGUGCCAAAGCAUCUGGACAGACAAGGGGAAUGGUGGGACCCGGUCGUUACCUCCUCCAGCUGCUGCUUUGCCCAGUUUGAGACCUACUUCAAUGUGCAAGACAUCGCUAAUGCUGCUGCUUUUUGGAGACUUUUUCCUGCCUAUGUGCUCCCUUUCACCGUGUUCACUGUAAGGAUGGACUAAUGGGUGCUGUCCAAGGGGCUGUGGGCAGCUCACCUUGCCCCCGCCUUCCCUGCUUUGCUCACCUGCUGGCAAGCAAAACAAAGUUGGGGCUGGGUGAAUAGGUAGGGACACUUAAAAUAUCACAGCAUCCCACUAGUAUUUCACAGAUGAAAUCAUUUUAAGCUACUUCAGAUAUUCCCCAUGGCUUCUCAAAAUCUACAUCAAAAUCUACAUUAAGGUGAGCAAUAAUAAAAUCCCUAUAAAGCCAUAGAGAUUAGUGGAGGAAUGUCUCAGUUACAAGUUUAGCAUGCCUGGACUGCUGGGUAACACGAAGAGCAUGUGUAGAAAAGCUUCCUACUCAAAACACAAAAUUAGCCAACAUUGAAAAAAGUCAAAAUUUCUGGUAGGCUGUAGCACUUUCAGAUCAAAAAUAUUCAUGCCUAAAUUGCUUUUUGCAAUUUAUUCUGUAAAUAAAAAGAGCAGCAAAGACACAGGAUCCAGAACUAAUACAGGUGCUCUCCAAAAUUCGUUCCUAAUGAUAUGAUAAAUUCCUACCCCUAAAUGACAAUCUUGCGGUACAUCUCUCGUUUUCCGAUACUUUUUAUCUCCAUCUUGUUUCUUUUCCCUUUGAGAAUGAUGGGGACCCUUGUCAUGUUGCUUUUGGAGAUGAAGAAUUCUGCAUGUCCAGAAGAUUCAGUUGGCUGAAGAGGGUGCUGCAGAAUCCACUUGGCCUGAGGAAAGGAACACUUCGCUUUUGCCUGUGCCACCGAGAGCUCCUCAGAAACCCAAGAGCAGCGUGAGCUCCCAGGAGCUAAGGACGGGUGGCAACCUACUGUUUGAACACCCCACACCCAAAAAUAGGCUCUCCUGCUGUGCUUUGCUCAGUGAUAGGACACAGCAGGGUUUUCAGCCACAUUUCAUACAGUAAUUCUGGCAGGAAUCACUAGCAGUGUCUUUCAGAAAGCACGAGCUGGGUCUCAAGACACCAGCACCCACAGCAAGUAGCUCCCAGCAGCAGCUGUAUUUGGUAGCAGAAAUCCAUCACCAACUUCAACCAUUUCCUCACAGCACUUUGGAAGAGACAACUUAGCACUUCCUUUGGUUUUCCAGUUAAAUAGUCAGAAUCAGAUACCAAAGAUGAAAAUGUACCUGCACUGUCGUACCUGCACUGUUGAACCACCGUCACUGCCCCCUCUCCCAGCAGAAGUCAGAAAGCAGAGGUUGUAGAGGGGGAAUAAGGCUGUUUCAGAGAGGAGAAGUGGCAAUUUAAGACUGCAGAAGUACUUGAAGGCUUAAGGGGGUUUUAUGUUAUUUAACGCCUGGUGGCUGUGACUGAUCAUCUCCAUCCACUUACAGCUUAGGCUGUCAUUUCACACAUAAUUUGCUCCUCACUCUCCCUUCAUAUCACUUUCUAUUUGCCCCUGACAACCUGGAGGAGAGGACUGAGGAACUGAUCCAGGUUAAAAUGAAACUUUUUUUUUACUCUUGCAGGGUUCAUUUUAACCCAGUUCUGGUGGCUGCUCUGAUUUGUCACUGUCACACAGACACUUGUGGCAGCCAAGGGAGGGCUGAGCUGGGAGAGGCAAGGCUGCCAUCAGCUGGGACGUCCUCAAAAGUAGUUGUGAAGUCAGCGGUCAUAGUGUCCAAGCACAAGUGACAAAAGGAAACCUGCGUCUCUGCCAUCUGUGCAGGCUCACAGUCACAGCAAUUCAAUGGGAGCUAUUUUGGCUGGGAUGGGCUCGGACUGAGCCUUAGAAAGGCUUAGAAAACAGAAAAUGGUCUAAAAGUGGAAGGAUCAAAGCAGCAAUUGUCCACAUACUAAACAUUGGUGUGGCGUAUUCCACAGGUCCUUGGUAAGGAGGUGUUCUGCAGAAAAGAGGGUUUCAUGCUUGUGGAUCUGUGCUUUUUAAAAAGAUUUCUUUUCAGCUCUGGAACUGAUAAAACACUUUACAAAUGAAAAUAAUAUGCCUAGCCAUGCUGCCCCUCCUGAUUCCUACUGCAUCAAUAGAAGCAUCUUUUGGACAUUCCCAUGUUUUGCCAACAAAUAAAAAAAAAGGAACUGCAUUGAAGGUUGGAAACAGAAACUACACAGAGUAACAUAGCGUUGAUGUUAACCCCAUGGAGGUCACUGCACUGAGUUACUUCGUUUUAUGUACAAUUUAAAAGAUAAAGCUAGUUGCAAUAGACCUACUUCCUAGGGAGGACCCCGCUUCCCCAGAGGGACUUGAAGACCACCCUUCACAGCAGACCUAAUCCUACAGAAGGACUGAGCGGCUGCGUGCAGUGUCUGGAGGUUUCUCCACACUCCGGACAGGUGGAUCUUCAGUCAAGGAUAGGAAAUGAGUGACAGCACACAGAGGAGGAGGGCCUGUCUUGGAGGUCACUGUGUGUGCUAGGAAGCGAUGCCUGACCUGAGACCACCCUUGGGACAGAGUUGCCCUUGUGUCCCCACCACACCCAGCCAAGCUUGGCAUGGCUUGUGCACAGCCCCGAGCCCUCCUCCCACCACAGCAUCUCCUGAUACCUUACAUCCAGAGCAAAUUGUUUACAGGGAAAGGAAGAAUGUGAUAUAAACCAUAAAAAUCACCUGCUGCUAGGAUUUGGGAAGUUCCCUGGGACCAGCACCUGGGGAGCAAUCUUUCAUGCUUGCAUCCAUGCAUGGUAUCUUGUGGGCUUGUGUACCCAGAGUUUUUCUGACAGUAAGUGUUGCAUAAUGUACGGUCUGUGUUAUAUUACUGUUGUUUUAUGAGAUACAUUGCAGCUGAUUACCUGUUUUCUGUUAAACGUAUAAAUAAAAUGUAAAUGCAGACCUGUUGGAA